CGCCCGCUCUGCCCGCGACGGGGCGGUGCCAGCCGGGCUCAGGGCUGCGGCGCGGGAUGGCGGCGGCUCGGAGAGGGCGGGCGGCGGAUCCUCGUGCCGGCUUCAGGCGGGCGGCGGAGGAGCAGAGCCCCGCCGUGCCUCAGGGCCUGAUCCGGGCGGCCAGGAAGAGCGGGCAGCUCAACCUGGCGGGCCGCGGCCUCGGCGAGGUGCCCCAGCAUGUGUGGCGGAUCAACCUGGACACCCCGGAGGAAGCCCACCAGAACCUCUCCUUCGGUGCUGCAGACCGCUGGUGGGAGCAGACAGACCUCACCAAGCUGAUCCUGGCCUCCAACCAGCUGCAGUGCCUGUCUGAGGACGUCAGGCUGCUGCCCGCGCUCACCCAUCUCGAUGUUCAUGAUAAUCAGCUGACUUCCCUUCCUUCUGCUUUAGGACAAUUAGAAAAUCUUCAGAAGCUUGAUGUUAGCCACAACAAACUGAAGAGUAUCCCAGAGGAGCUGAUGCAGUUGUCCCAUUUGAAGAGCCUUCUUCUUCAACACAACGAGCUGAGCCACCUGCCGGAUGGAUUUGGGCAGCUUGUCAGUUUAGAAGAAUUGGAUCUGUCCAACAAUCAUCUUACAGACAUUCCAACAAGUUUUGCUUUGCUCAUUAACUUGGUGCGACUCAAUUUGGCCUCUAAUCAACUCAAGAGCCUGCCUGCAGAUAUCAGUGCAAUGAAACGCUUAAGACAACUGGAUUGUACUAAAAACUACCUGGAAACUGUACCUUCUGAAUUGGCAAGUAUGGCAUCUUUGGAACAGCUGUAUCUGAGAAAAAACAAAUUGCGUUCCUUGCCAGAAUUUCCUUCGUGCAAAUUACUGAAGGAAUUACAUGCUGGUGAAAAUCAGAUUGAAAUAUUAAAUGCAGAAAGUCUUAAGCAUCUGAAUUCCCUCUCAGUGCUGGAACUCCGAGACAACAAGAUAAAAUCAGUUCCUGACGAAAUUACUCUACUUCAGAAAUUGGAGCGACUCGACCUUGCCAACAAUGAUAUCAGUAGAUUGCCUUACACGUUGGGGAACCUUUCUCAGUUGAAAUUCCUGGCAUUAGAGGGAAAUCCUUUGAGAACCAUUCGAAGAGACCUUCUGCAAAAAGGCACCCAGGAACUUCUGAAAUACCUGAGAAGCAGAAUCCAAGAUGACGUAACCAGCCCAAGCGAAGAGCCUCCUGUGACAGCCAUGACUCUCCCAAGCGAGUCAAGGAUUAACAUGCAUGCCAUAACAACACUCAAAUUACUGGAAUAUAGUGAGAAGCAGGCAGCUGCGAUUCCUGAUGACAUGUUCAACGCGGUCGGAAGCAAUCCUGUCACCAGUGUCAACUUCAGCAAGAACCAGCUGACUGCCAUUCCUCCAAGGAUUGUGGAGCUGAAAGACUCAGUUUGCGAUGUCAGCUUGGGCUUCAAUAAAAUCUCUUCCGUUUCCUUGGAGCUCUGCACACUUCAUAAAUUGACACAUUUGGAUAUCAGAAAUAAUGUUUUGACAUCUUUACCUGAGGAAAUGGAGGCACUGACAAGACUACAAGUAAUAAAUCUAUCUUUUAAUAGACUUAAAGUAUUUCCCAGUGUCCUUUACCGCAUCCUCACGCUGGAGACCAUCCUGCUCAGUAACAAUCAGGUGGGGUCCAUAGACCCUCUGCAGCUCAAGAAGAUGGAGAAGCUUGGGACGCUGGACCUUCAGAAUAAUGACCUUCUCCAAGUGCCACCGGAGCUUGGAAACUGUGAAUCUCUGAGGACACUUCUUCUGGAAGGAAACCCAUUCCGUGCUCCCCGAGCAGCCAUUCUGGCCAAGGGAACAGCUGCAGUGCUGGAAUACCUCAGGAGCAGGAUCCCUACUUGACAGGCUGUUUCCCUGUAUGAUUCUGAAUUGAAAACAGAGUAUCAUCCUCUCUGAUGUGAUGUGAUUUCAUUCCUUCCUCCUUGUUUGUAAGCUGUUGGGCCAUAAAGCAUUUUUAAUACUAUUCUUAGUUUGCACGUUAUGAAAUUAUUCACCAACAAACUAUUUCCCACUCAAGGCUGCAUGUCUCAGGAGUGCAUUUCAAGGUAUCACAAUCUAUGUUUACACUUUUUGUAAGAAAGAAUGCAGUUGAAAGCUGUGUUUGGCAAUGGAGACAAUGCUUUUCUACAAUUAAGCUGUUUUUUUCUUUUUAAGAAUUGUAAACACCAAAGUAAUUGAGCAAAAGGGGGAAAUAAGCUUUUUGAUUUUUUGUAUGCCUGUUUUAUAAUCUCCUGUAGGGUCUUUGGUCUCUCUUCACCACUGCCUCAAACCAAUGGUUGCUGGUCUGUGCAUGGAGAAAUGCCUGAACCCUUGAACAACGUGAUGAAUACGGUGUGAAAUGUUCUGCAGACUGUGUGCAUGUCCCGUGUGAACGUGAGCAAAACGUGGCUGAUGUUGGUAGCUGCACUGAAACAAUAAAUGUUUGCUGUUGGAUAUAUGUUUUGUUUCUACAUCUUUAAGAAUGUGCUCUAACUGAAGUUUUUAGCCAACAUGAUUUAAAUGCACUUCAAGACUGUGAAAAUGAUCUCUGUUGAUAAGAGUAACGCAGCGUGGGCAUUAACAAUAUAAAGGGAAGAGUUACUUGAUGUUACCCUGUGACUGCUGCAUUGCUUCUCACAGGCCUCUGGACAUGGAAUGGAAGCAGGAUACCAUAUGGAUUUCCACUGCUGAGGUUUUUUGUUUGUUGGCCUUUUUAUACUGCACUGAGUGCUUCUGCUGUGGGUGCUGUGUAGGUGCUGCAGUUGGGGUCUCUGUGUAUGACCACUAAUUGCAAACCCUUCACAAAUUAAAAACAAAAAGCUUUAAACUAAAACUAAAAGACAUCUUUGUAUCUAGGAACAGAACGACACCUCAUUCUUCCAUUCUCAGUAGGAAAGCAAGCUGACACCAACUGGGUAUGCUGUGUGUUUUUUUUAUCAAGUAAAAGGUAUGGAAUGAAAGCAUUUUCAUUUCCUCCACCUCUUCUUGCUGUAACACAGAAAAAUGUCACAUGGCUCCAAGUUGAACUUUGCAGGUUUUGAAUGUGACCAGAAUUAACGUAAAAACACUCUUCCUUCUCCUCAGGGUCUUCAAGCUUAGCGAGCACCUUUCAGCAGGAGCGAUGGCGUCUGGUGCCCCUCACACACAGCAGCACGGCGCUGCGACCCAGUAGAAGGGAAGCAGGCCUGGCCCACAUGUCCAGGAGAACCUGGUGGCAGCAGCUCUGAAACACUACUGCAUUUGCUGGCAGAUCCAGCUGAAGCUGUAACGUACAUCGCUGAGGCUAGAGGUGGAGGGGAGCUCUGGAACAACACUUAAGAGAUGCAGAGUUUAAAUGAAAAUUCUGAAGGCAGAAGACCUGGGAGGAGAACGCUGAGGCAGGAGGGUGAGUACGGCACCAGAGCCCAUGGCCAAAAGGUAACAAGGCUGCAGAACAGCAAAUGCGUUCCUGGGCAGCUGGGCCCUGGGAUUUGGACACAUCUGAUCCCACGAGGUGCCACCAGCAGCACAGAGAAGGCCCCAACACUGACCACGAAUUCCUUAAGACUUGCUGCAGAAUGAUGGGCAGUGGACUUAAGGAUGGGGACGUGCCAGCUCACGGGGAGAGCUGCAGAUGGGCUCUGCAGAGCCUGAGCAGUUUGAGGGGACGUUCUGAAAUUACAUCUGUGUGACAGAAACGGAAAGCUGAAAAGCAGGGAACCACAGCUGUCUAAACUCACUGCUCGUCCACUUGGUGUGUUCACAUGGAAGCAACUGAAAGUGCCCACCAGAAGGAAGUGAGCCCAUCUCCGUGCCGGUUGGUUACACUAGGUCCGGGGCUGACCGUACCGCUAUCGAUAGCUCACCCUGUGCAGCGACAGUUUCACUCGUUAGUAUGGAGCCAGCUAUACACACUGCAUAUGUACAGGUAUUUUCAUAAGGCAUAUAAUAUCUUUGCAUUGAAAAUAAAUGAACAUUAGUAAAUUUCAUCCAAUA